GACACUCUUCAAGAGAGAGGGCAUUCAAAAAUCUCGAGAGAGUUUCUCUUUCUCUCACCUUCUCUCUCUUUUUUUCCCUCCUUCCUUCAACUGUUAUGGAAUUUGACGCCGAUGACAUUUUCAGAGACGACGAAGACGACCCAGACAAUGAACUCUAUCAGGAAAGGGAAUCCACCAAGGACCUCGUCGUCUACCUCGUUGAUGCUUCCCCUAAAAUGUUCUCCACCACUACUCCAGCCGGAGACGGGAAGGAUGAAACUCACUUUCAUGUUGCUAUCAGUUGUAUCUCCGAGUCUCUCAGGAAGCAAAUCAUUAAUGCCUCCUACGAUGAAGUUGCCAUAUGCUUCUUCAAUACCAGGGAAAAGAGAAACUUGCAAGAUUUAAAUGGUGUUUAUGUGUUUAAUGUUGCUGAGCGAGAGUAUCUGGACAGGCCAACAGCAAGGCUGAUAAAAGAAGUUAGUAAUGUAGAAGAGUCAUUUAUGAGCAAAAUUGGGAGUCAGUAUGGUAUUAACUCUGGGUCUCGAGAAAAUUCUCUUUACAAUGCCCUUUGGGUAGCCCAAGCACUUCUGCGUAAAGGAUCUGCGAGGACAGCCGAUAAGCGUGUUCUUUUAUUUACAAAUGAAGAUGAUCCAUUUGGCAGCAUUAAAGGAAUCAUAAAGACAGACAUGAUUAGAACCACAUUGCAGCGGGCUAAAGAUGCACAAGAUCUUGGCAUCUCAAUUGAACUUCUUCCAUUGUGUCACCCAGAUAAUGAUUUUAAUGUUUCUACUUUCUACUCCGAUUUAGUUGGACUCACAGGUGAUGAACUUGCUCAAUUUAUGCCAAAAGCGGGAGAAAAAUUGGAAGAUAUGAAGGAUCAGCUAAGAAAGCGAAUGUUCAAGAAACGGAUUGUUAGAAAAAUCACUUUCUCAAUUGCCAAUGGACUUUCAAUUCAACUCAGUUCAUAUGCUCUAAUCCGUCCCACUGUUCCAGGAGCAAUCACCUGGCUUGAUUCGGUCACUAACCGUCCUUUGAAGGCCGAAAGAUCUUUUGUUUGUGCUGAUACUGGUGCACUGGUACAGGAAUCUGUAAAACGGUUUCAACCCUACAAAACCGAAGAUAUCAAGUUCUCAGUGGAGGAACUUUCAGAGAUCAAAAGAAUUUCUACCGGACAACUUCGACUCCUUGGCUUCAAGCCUUUAAAUUGUUUGAAAGACUAUCACAACUUGAGGCCCUCAACCUUUGUGUUCCCUAGUGAUCAGGAACUGAUUGGUAGCACACGUGUUUUCAUUGCACUACAUAAAUCCAUGCUACGGCUAAAGCGUUUCGCAGUUGCAUUUUAUGGUAGUUCAUCUCGUCCUCAACUGGUUGCUCUUGUUGCUCAAGAUGAAAUAAUGAGUGCUGGUGGUCAGGUUGAGCCUCCGGGGAUGCACAUGAUAUAUCUUCCAUAUUCCGAUGACAUUAGACACACUGAAGAGCUUCUUAUGGGUUCAGAUGGUGCAGCGUGUCAUGCAAGUGAUGAUCAAAUUAGCAAGGCUGCUGCUUUAAUCAACCGUCUAGACUUGAAAGAUUUCUCAGUUUUCCAAUUUUCUAACCCUGCCCUGCAGAGACACUAUGCAGUAUUGCAGGCCCUGGCUCUGGAUGAGGAUGAUAUACCGGAAAUUAAAGAUGAAACUUUACCUGAUGGGGAAGGCAUGUCUAGACCAGGAGUUGUUAGAACAAUAGAAGAAUUCAAGCAUUCCGUUUAUGGAGAAAAUUAUGAUGAGGAAAGUGAAGUUGGAAAUGCCAAAGUAAGUGAGACCACCAAAAAGCGAAAAGCAGCUGCUGAAAAUGCAGUUCAAGAGAUUGCUAAGCAUGACUGGGCUGACCUUGCAGAUAACGGAAAGGUGAAACUAAAGUUGCUUUGUUAUACUCCAUUGCUCGUUGUUUUAGUUGCCAAGGGGUCUUGCUUAUUAAACCCUUGGUAGAAGGGGACCAAUUAUUCUCAUAUGAAUUUGUUUAGAUACAAUAGCAGUUAAAGAAUUUGACUGUCAUGGACUUGAAGUGCUAUUUGACAGCAAAUAAUCUUCCAGUAGCUGGGAAGAAGGAAGCAUUGAUCAGUCGAAUAUUGACUCACAUGGGGAAAUGACCAAGGCAGGCCAUCUCUUUUUCGCAAUACUGAAUGCCAUGUUUUGACCAAGGCGAGCCAUUGCCAUGAGUGGUACGUCCUGAGCGUUUAUGUACAUAUCAUCGGGGAAUUUGGUUUUGGUGAAGGAUGCAUUACAUGGUGAUGGCGAUCAACUCACUAGAUCAUACUAUCCUAGGAUUAGAACGCAUCGUAAUAUAAUGCAAAUUUGAUGUAAGCGUUUUAUGUAUGACAUGAGUGUUUGGUUUCAUCUUCUGAUUACAUAUAGGGAAAAACAAGAGAGUAAGUUCAUCUCUUUCAAAGAAAGUGUUCAGUUAUAUCUUCUGAUGAAUGAUGAUAUGUAGGGAAAAACAGAUGACUCCAAUAUUAAGUAGAUGUCAGCUCAUCUCA